AUGCCGUUCGGUUGUUUUUACCAGGCCGCCAAUGGCGGAUCCAAGCUAGAAUUUCUGCCUCAGGUUGGGCUCGACGCGCAUGCGUGCAUCCUGGCUACCAACUCUCGGACUGUUAUUACCCAGACCUUCGAGAACCCUUCGGACACAGAAGCAAUUCCCGAAGUGUCUUACUCGUUCCCACUCUACGAGAAUUCCAGUGUCGUUGGCUUCACAUGCCACUUGGCCGAUACUGUGAUCGAAGGUAGAGUCGAGCCGAAGGCGAAAGCUUCCGAGAUUUACGAGGAAGCAAAGUCGAAGGGUGUUUCUGCUGCUGUUAUGGAUCGCGCGGUAAAUGCUGCCGAUGUGUUCAGAACUCGUAUAGGAAAUGUCCCUGCAGCAGGAACUGUGCUCAUCGAGAUCACUCUGAUUGCAGAGUUGACACAGGAUGCUGAAACCGAUGGAACUCGGUAUACAAUCCCUUCAACGAUUGCCAGUCGUUAUGGAGCUGGAAGCUGUAGCCCGCCCCAAGGCGCUCUUACCAAGACGGCAAUCAAGGUAGAUGUUGUGAUGGAAAAGGGCUCGAAUAUCCGCGGCGUACGGUCACCCAGUCAUCCAAUCCAUGUAGAUCUGGGAAGAACAUCGAGCAUGCCGGCGACAGAAUUCCAAUCUCACUUCGCCUCUGUUCACCUUCAUCAAAAUGCAAUCAUUAGCGAGGACUUCGUGAUCGCUGUCAAAGCAGAUAAGCAAGACCUCCCCUUUGCGCUUUUGGAGACACAUCCCAGUCUUCCGGAUCAAAAGGCCUUGAUGGUCUCACUGGUCCCAAAGUUCACACUCCCAUCCGACCCUUCGGAGAUUGUGUUUGUAAUCGAUCGCAGUGGAAGUAUGAUGGACAAAAUCCCAACCUUGCGAUCGGCGCUGGAAUUGUUCCUUAAGUCCUUUCCGUUUGGCGUCCCGUUUAACAUAGUAUCGUUUGGGGAUCGCCACGAGCUUCUGUGGCCACGGAGCAAAAUGAGCAGUGCAGAGAGCCUAGGCCAGGCUUUGAGGUAUACCAAACGUAUCGAUGCCAAUAUGGGAGGAACUGAAACCCUGAAGGGUCUUCAGGCCGCCGUCAAGAACCACUACCAAGACAAAAGUCUCGAAGUGCUGGUCCUCACCGACGGAGAGGUUUGGAAUCAAAACGAGAUUUUUGACUUCGUCACCCAAGCGAACCGGGAUCAUUCUGCCCGGUUCUUCACGCUCGGCAUUGGCAAUUGCGUAUCCCAUGCUCUGAUUAACGGCAUCUCCAGAGCGGGCAAGGGGUUCUCUCAGUCGAUUCUCAAAAAUGAGGAUCUGAAUAAGACUGUUGUCCGAAUGUUGAAGGGUGCAUUGAUGCCACGACUUCAAGAUACCAGACUGGAUAUGAACAUCCCUGGGCUUGAUGACGAGCUUGUGCACAUUGAGAUGCCAGUGGACAAAGAGAGCCGAACAGACGUGGCGUCGGAGCCAAUUUCUCUAGUCGACCCGAACUGUGGAACAGAGGAAGUUGAAGAUCUGCGUGAAGCACUUCCGGAGCUUGCUAUUCCCAACAUUCUUCAGGCUCCGGCUGAGCUCCCGGCUCUCUUCCCCUUCAUUCGCUCCAAUAUCUAUGUUCUACUGUCGCACGCACUGGACAGUUUCCCUGAAUCCAUUACUCUGCGUGCGAAGUGUAGACAUGGCCCCCUCGAGCUGAAAAUCCCUGUCCAAGACGUUGGGGAGGGGAAAACGAUCCAUCAACUUGCUGUCAAGAAAGUUGUCACUGAGCUUGAAGAGGCCCAUGGCUGGAUCAACUCCGCAAGAGACUCUCAAGGCGAGCUGAUUGCGAGUAAAAUGGAGAGCCGAGUUGACGAGCUGAAUCAGAAGGAAUGUGAAAGACUAGGCGUCAGGUUCCAAGUUGCCGGAAAACACUGCUCCUUCGUUGCUGUUGAUGAGGAAAUAUCAUCAGAGACCGAGGCGUCUCCAGAAGUCUCAACGGUUUCCAAGAAGAGAAAGAAAGCUAAGAAGUCAGGCACCCGAAGUCUGAAAAGGGCGGCGACACCAGCCGCGGUUUCUCCUUUGGAGACCGAAGAAGAAGGUUAUUUCGCCGGCUCUUCUCCAUACCUGACCUCCUUCCAAGGAGCUAUGAGUCCGUCUUACUGUCCUACCAAUCCAUUUGACCCCUCUAUGACAGGUGGCUUCUCUCCCACAAGCCCGCAACUUGAUCCUACGUCUCCAGGCUAUUCUCCCACCAGCCCACGCUAUUCUCCUACCACCCCAACAUACUCCCCAACAAGCCCAAUGCGCUCGCCUGGAAGUGUGGCCGCUAAUGACGAAGAGGAUGACGAUGAAGAUGUCCGUGGGGACGAAAGCAAUAGAAGACUAGCAAAGCGCCCACCGCUAGAUAGGCUCAUCAGCCUACAGGGCUUCGCAGGCUACUGGGAAAUGAGCGACGUUCUACUCCAGGCCGUAGGCUUUGAACCUGCUGUAUUCCAUGCCGGGAUUCAGAGCCACUACGAUAAGCUCACGGGAGACCGCGAAGCGAACGAGGCAGCUACGCUUGAAGAAUGGUGGAACCUGAUCGCUACAUCUGCCGCAUGUCAUUUCUUGGAAAAGGAAGAAUCUGGCUCGAAAGACGUGUGGGAGCUUAUGAAGGAAAAGGCAGAUGGCUGGUUGCAGACCCAACUGGAUGGCCUCAGCUCUGUCAAUCAGCAAAUUGUCAGGGCGCUCAUUGAUGGUCUGUCUGACAUUCCCAAGUCGGGAUCUUCUACCUGCGAAGCGUAA